AUGGCUGUGUCCACCUGCGUGAACGACAACUCCUUCGGCCCUUCGGUCCAGGGAUGUCGUGGUGAUUUCGACUUUACCCUCCGCUUCCAGCGCAUUUUCUUCGCAAUCCUCCCGGCGGCCGUCUUCAUCGCUCUCACACUGCCUCGCAUAGCAUGGCUGGCCGUAAAGCCUCGAAUCGUCAGCGGCACGCUGCAACAGUUUACCAAGCUGAUUUCCAUCGCCGUAUCUGCGACUCUACAGCUUGCGCUUCUUAUCCUAUCCGCGACGUCCAAUGACACAGGCUUCGACGCAUUCGCCAUUGCCGCCUCUACGCUGGGCUUCCUCGCCAUGCCAUUUAUGGCCGGACUCUCCUUUGCCGAACACUCGAGGGCUCCGAGACCGUCCGCACUCCUUGUGUGCUACUUGCUGCUCCAGAUCCUACUCGAUAUUGCUCAGGCCCGGACCCAUUGGCUGAUAGCACAAUCUCCUUCGGCCACAAGAUUUGCCAGCCUCUUCACAGCCACACUUGCUGUCAAAGUGGUCAUCCUGGUUCUCGAGUCGCAAAGAAAGGCGAGAUGGCUAAGCUGGAACGUCGACGAGCAUAGCCCUGAAGAGAUGAGCGGCAUAUUCAGUCUCGGAGUUUACUUCUGGCUGAGCAACCUCUUCCUCCGUGGCUAUCACAGCAUCCUAUCUCCUGAUGACUUGUACGCCCUAGACCGGGGCAUGGACUCGAAAACCUUGCAAGGAAAACUGGCGGCUAAGUUUGAGAAGUCACCCCACCACGACAAGCGGUUUGGCCUUGCAAAAGCGCUGGCCAAGACUCUCACUGUCCCGCUGCUCUUGCCAGUGGCACCACGGGUUGCCAUGAUUGGUUUCACCUAUAGCCAGCCAUUCUUCAUCCGCUCCCUCCUCACUUACCUUCAGGACACGGAUGCCUCUAAGAACACGGGGUACGGCCUGAUUGGCGCGGCGGUACUGAUAUACACCGGGAUUGCUAUUGCGGAUGCCCUCUACUGGUAUUUUCAUCAGAGGGCGUUGUAUAUGGCUCGCGGCUGUCUGGUCGCGCUCAUCUACCAGAAGACCACGGAGACCAAGAUUACCGACAUUGGUGAUGCGGCUUCCCUCACACUGAUGAGCACUGACAUUGAGCGCAUCCUUCAGGGUUUCCACGGUCUCCACGAGUUCUGGGCCAACAUGAUCGAAGUUGCGGUUGGAUGCUGGCUGCUGGAGCGAGAACUUGGCGCAGCUUUCAUCUCGCCUGUUGUAGUUAUCGUGCUUUGUGUCGCUGUCACACUCGUUAUUGCCGGGCUGAGUGGAAAGAGGCAGUCCCGCUGGAUGAGUCGGAUCCAGACGCGUGUCGGACUUACGGCGAACGUCAUCUCCAACAUAAAGUACCUUCGCAUCUCUGGCAUUACGGCCCCCGUUAGCGACUUCAUUCAAAAGAUGCGAGUGGACGAGCUGAAUGUCGGAAACCAGUUCCGCUGGCUUCUGAUUGCUACGGCUACGGCUGCCUACAUCCCCAACGCCAUCUCUCCCGUUGUCGCCUUUGGCUUCACCAGUAAGCAGCUGGACACGACGAGGAUCUUUACCUCUUUCUCUUACAUCUCUCUUAUCACCAAUCCCCUGGGCCAGCUGUUCCAGUCUGUACCGCCAACCGUUGCUGGUUUUGUAUGCUUGGGACGGAUUCAGGAAUUCCUAGAAGCGGCACCACACGUCGACUUUCGAAAGCCGUCAUCAUAUCCUGCUCCUCCUUCUCCUGCAACUCCUGGCGAGAAGCCUCUUGGUGACAGGCCUCCUGCCGGUCACGAUGAAGCCAUGCUCAACGAGAAAACCCAGACGGACAUGGAGUCAAAUCAACGCAAACAUCUGGCCGCCGCGGAUCCUAGAAUCUCCAUAAUCGAUGGCAGCUUUGGUUGGGCCGCUGAUAAGACGAUACUGAAGCACAUAACCGUCACCGUUCCCGCUUCAAAGCUCACCCUUGUCGUUGGCCCCGUGGCGUCUGGAAAGUCCACCUUCUGUAAGGCUCUCUUGGGCGAGUUACCAGUGAGUAGUGGAGAGGUGGUAUUUCCUUCGGGACAAGCGGCGAUUGGGUACUGCGAGCAAACUCCGUUCUUGUCCAACGGCUCGAUUAAAGACAACAUCAUCGGGCACUCGGUAUUUAACCAACCAAGAUAUGACGAGAUUAUUAACGCUUGUAUACUCAAGACAGACCUGGCAAUACUUCCUCAAGGAGAUGCAACAAAUAUUGGAAGCAAUGGCAUUAUGCUCAGCGGGGGUCAGAAGCAGCGGCUGUCGCUAGCGCGAGCCCUAUAUCUCGAAACCGACCUCCUGGUAAUCGAUGAUAUCCUGAGUGGCUUGGACAACGACACGGCAAGCGAGGUAUUUCAACGUGUUUUCGGUCCUGAAGGCCUCAUUCGGCGCCGUAACGCGACUGCUCUCCUCUGUACGCACGCGGUGCGUUAUCUCCCUCUUGCGGACCAUAUCAUUGCCCUCGGCGCCGAUGGCACACUUAUCGAGGAGGGUACUUUUGCAGACCUUUCGCGGGAUGACAAGUACGUCGCUAGCCUAGGCGUCUCAUCUACUCAAGAUACCCGAGACUUUGAGUCCCAGGCGUCCACCCUCGAAGAGCCUACUCCGGCCGCGCCACCAAGAGCCGCACGCGUGGCAUCUAUCUCGGCCGAGCUCCAGGCACAGUCAAGGGCAACGGGAGAUACCAAAGUUUACGCCCAUUACUUGGGCAGUAUCAGCGGCUGGGCCACGGCGACGUGCUUGGCCAGUGGUCUUCUCUUCGGCGUCGGCCGCAAUAUUCCAACUCUGUGGAUGACAUACUGGGCUGAAGACUCCUUUGACAGGUCUGGGCAAUUCUACAUCGGAAUCUUUGGCAUGCUUAGGGGCCUCCAGGUCAUUGCACUCUUUGCGUGCUGUAUGUCCGUCGUCAUCUGGAUGACGACGCAGUCCGGCGCCCUGCUUCACCAGCAAGCCCUGCAGACGGUUAUCAAUGCAUCGCUCAGAUUCUUCACCACGACUGACUCUGGCGUCGUAACAAAUCUGUUUUCGCAAGACAUGACUCUUAUUGACGGAGAACUGCCAAUGUCCCUGCUUAACGUGGUGACCCAAGGCUUUGACGCCAUUAUGAUGGCCAUCGUCGUUGGUAUUGGAUCCCCCUACUUGGCAAUCAGUUAUCCUGCCAUCAUUCUCGUGCUCUACAUAUUGCAGAGGUUUUAUCUCCGAACCUCUAGGCAGCUUCGACUGUUAGACCUGGAGGCGAAAAGUCCCCUGUAUGCUCAUUUCCUCGACACCAUCAAAGGACUCGCGACCAUCCGAGCCCUCGGUUGGACGGAUCAGUAUAUUGGAUAUAGUCAGCGUCUCCUCAACACCUCCCAACGGCCCGCCUAUCUCUUGGCAAUGAUCCAGCAGUGGCUGGCGCUGUCGUUGCAGCUUGUCGUCAUGGUUAUAUCCGUCAUGGUCGUGACAUUGGCAACGCAGUUGAGGACUAGUUCAGGCUUCGCUGGCGCCUCGCUCGUGACACUCAUGACCUGGGGCGAGACGAUUUCUACGCUCAUUCGGUACUACACGCAGGUCGAAACGUCCAUCGGUGCCGUGUCACGUAUCAAGACGUUUUCCGAAAAGGUGAAAUCCGAGAACUUGGACGGUGAGGACAUGGAACUGCCAGAGGAGUGGCCAGAUCAAGGCAGAAUCAAGGUUAGGGGUGUCUCGGCAUCCUAUGGUUCGGUUCUGACGAGAGGCUGUAGAAGCGAUGUUGAGACCGCUUCCUCGGACGACGAUAGCACGAUCCAGACCCCUGGUACUCUCGCCUUGAACGGCCUUGAUAUGUCCAUUGAGCCCGCCCAAAAGGUUGCCCUUUGCGGCAGAACCGGCAGCGGUAAAUCAUCUGUGAUACUCUUGCUUCUACGUCUCCUGGACCCCCUUCCCUCCUGCUCUCAGAAUAUCGAAAUAGACGGUCUUCCCUUCCACCGUAUCGACCGCUCCACCCUACGCCGUCGCAUCAUCGCCGUGCCGCAAGACGCCGUCUUCCUCCCCGACGGGAGUAGCAUCAAGGACAACCUGGACCCGUUCAAUGCGGCCUCAGACCUCGAGUGCCUUGCCGUGCUGCAGACGGUCCAGCUCACGGGCUUCGUCCACGAGCGCGGAACAGUCCAUGCGGGCAUGAGCGGCGAAGACCUCAGCGCCGGACAGAAGCAGCUCUUCAGCCUCGGCCGCGCGGUCCUACGCCGCAGGGCCAAGCACAGGCUCCGCGGGAAUCGUGGCGGCGGCAUCUUUCUGUUGGACGAGCUCAGUUCUAGCGUAGACCGCGAGACGGAAAAGGUCAUGCAGGAGAUCAUCAAGGAGGAGUUCGCCGAGUUCACCAUUGUCAUGGUGUCGCACCGGCUGGAGAUGGUUAUGGACUUCUUUGACGCUGUGGUUGUCAUGGACCAGGGACGAGUCGUGGAGACGGGCAGCCCGAGGGAGUUGGCGGCAACGGAGGGGAGCCGGUUCAGCGAGUUGUGGUUGAUUGAGAAGCAGGGAUGGGAGUAA